AUGUUAAGUGAAAACAAGACCAAACCAGCAGAGCAGCCAGCCAGUCGGGAGGUAUAUCUCUUAUCAAAAUUGGAUGAGGGGAUAGUCGGGUGGGAGAGCCAAAAUGAUCCAUCAAAUCCCAGAAACUAUCCGCCGUCUCAAAAAUGGUUCCAGCUCGCCACAGUGAGCAUCAUCACUUUCAUCAGCCCUUUUGCAUCAUCGGUAUUCGCACCUGGGGUUAGUCUUGCCGACCAAGAGUUCGGGAACACAUCUUCUAUUCGGAGCUCCUUAGCAGUGACAUCGUAUCUAUUCGGCUAUUUUAGCGGCCCCUUACUUCUGUCUCCACUUAGUGAGGUAUGCGGUCGUCGCGUCACCUUAAACGCGGCCACUUCGAUCUUCGUUUUAUUUCAAAUUGGCUGCGCCCUCGCUCCAAACCUACCAGCUUUGAUUGUCUUUCGCUUCUUCACUGGCUUUGGAGGGUCCGGCUGCCUGACCAUUGGAGGUGGCGUGAUUGCUGACCUUUUCGAGGCCGAGCAACGCGGACUUGCCCUCUCCUUCUUCCAAUUCGGUCCACUGUUUGCGCCAGUGAUUGGACCAAUCUGCGGAGGCUUUAUCGCGCAACGAGCAGGAUGGCGGUGGACGUUCUGGGUACUAGUCAUCGUAGGGGGCACGUUGACCGGAAUUGUCAUGGUUACAAACCGAGAGACCAACCCGACUGUGCUCAUACGCCGGAAGACGGCGGCUCUCCGAAAGGAGCUCAACCGCCCCGAGCUCCGCAGCUGCUACGAAAAAGAAGGGGAAACACGCGGACCGGCGACUCUGCUGAUGAGAACGUCCACCAGAGUGAUCAAGCUGCUGGCCACCUCGCCCAUAGUGCUGAUCAUGGCUCUUUACAUCGCCUCAAUCUAUGGUUGUCUUUAUCUGCUCUUCACGACCAUCACCGCAGUCUUCCAGAACCAGUACGGUUGGAGUGUAGAGAUCAGCGGCCUGUCGUACAUUGGCUUGGGGCUGGGCUUUUUCGUGGGUCAGGUGGUGUUCGCUCUUACCAGCGAUCGCGUCCUUAUCCGUUUGAAGCGACGAAACAAUAACGUCCUCGAGCCCGAAAUGCGUCUUCCGCUCUGUCUGCCAUUUGCCCUAUUCGUGCCAAUCUCAUUCUUCUGGUACGGUUGGUCCGUCCAAGCGAAGACACACUGGAUAGUUCCAAUCAUUGGACUCUUUCCCUUCGCCUUCGGCAUAAUCGGCAUCUUUGGGACACUUCAGGCAUACAUCAUUGAUUCGUAUCCACGGUACGCGGCAUCUGGCGUUGGGGCAAUAACGGUUACUCGGUCCCUCUUCGGGGCGCUAUUGCCGUUGGCAGGUCCGCCCAUGUACAAAAAGCUCGGAUACGGUUGGGGAAACUCCCUCCUAGGAUUUAUAACACUCGGGAUGAUCUUGCUGCCUAUCCUUUUUAGCCGCCUCGGUGCGACUCUCCGAAACAAAUUCACGGUUGACUUAGAAUAGCCCAUGGCCCAUUUGAUAGUUCCCCGGAAUAGUUAGGAAAGCAUCAGAUGUUAGAUUUUACAACGAGCAUAUGAGGAAAAGAUGACUAUUGAGCCUUCCGGGUACCGCUAAAGCAGUCCCUCCGAUGUGAAAAGAUCACCAAUCAUGUCACUAAAGUCGAUCGGCCCUGUACCAUCAAUCAUAUAUCCAUAGUCGUCAGUAUUUAUUCCAUAUUGUAGAACGGGGCUAUUCUCUACAGCAUCACCGCUAAAUAAUGGCGUGUUGUACAUAUUCCGCGCAGAUAGCAUCGUAAACGGAAGGUCAGAGGGUCCCGAAUUUUGAGCUUCAGCAAG